UCACAAAAUUUAGACGAGUUCUUAGUUCGCGAAGUUCGCAGCGUGGGAGGUCAUGGAUCUCAAUGACAACCAAGCCAACGUGGCAUUUACUUUUGCCAAGGAGCUCAGCACGAGCGCAUUGACCACCACCAUGGACAUGGCGGGGAAGGUGAAGGACUAUAUUCAGCGAGGUCCAGAAGGUGUGGGUUGGCUUUGCUUCGUCGGUGGCGCUGCUUCUGUUUUUCUUGGAUUGCUGGGUUUCUUGGACAUUGCUGGAAUCCUGAUGAGCCCGCUACAGUACUUGGUGAAUGCCUAUCAAACUGGCUUCGGUUUGGUCGUAUGUGUCCUCGAGGCUCCACCAGAGUGGCUUGGAAGCAACGCCAGACUGGAGAAGGCCCAGCGCUUCAUCCACGAAUUUGCCAAGUUCUUGACGACCUUUGGCGGGCGAGGAUUGUUCUACCUCUUCCAGGGGUCACUCGACCUCUCUUUGGACACCUACUCCUUGACCUUCCUGGUGGGUUGCUACAUGUGCUGCAUGGGCGGUGUGUGCAUUGGCAUGCAAUACGGGCUGCUGCCAGAGUACCAUCGGGACAGAGAUCCUGUGCAGGCGAACGAUUACAUUCGCGUCACGUGAACGCCAAAGAGCGUCUUGAGACGUACUGCCAGCUGCGCGAAACCUG